AUGGAGGGUCCGAGUCUGAGCUUGUUUCUAGGCUCAGAAAAUAUCCAAUUAAAUACAAAUACACAAGGCUUAGAGGAAGAUGAGGAGCAAGAGGAUGCCAAGCAACGUAGCAAAGAGAUUAAGGAUCUAUUGGACAACGCGUUUGAUGAUUUAGACGAAGAAUCUGAUACCAGUUCUAUCAAUGACAGUCAUUAUCAAGAUAGCACUAAAGGAGCAAAAGUUUCUAAUACAACAUUAAAUUCUUCUCAGGGAAUUGUAUCAUCCAAAGACCAAACAGUAUCUCAUUUGCAAAAAGAGUUUGACACUUAUGAUCAUGUCGAUAAUUCAAACAACUAUGACAGUAGUGUAACAAAUCAUAGAUCAGAGUUGGAACUUGCUCCCUCAAUCUCUAGCAUGCAGAGAGACUUCAAUGUAUAUGGUCAAAUUGACGCUCUGUGUUCUAACAACAACAGGGGUAAUGAUAUGCAUAAUAUUACUGCAGAGACACCUUACGAACUGGCAAGACCACCAAACUGUGCAUUUCCUAAAGACAUAAGAACGCAAGUCGAAGAAGACUAUAGUUUUAACGAAAAUUAUUUAUAUAAUUAUCAAACGCCAGCUAAUCAUUAUGACGCUCAAGAUAAAAAUUGUUCGAAUAAUGGUUAUAUCGAUGGAUAUGAAAAUAAUAUACACUGUAAGCAAAUUCAUGAGUUUGGAGGUGGUGAUAAUCUUACAUCUGAUCACAUAAAUCAUUGUUACAAAACAAGUCCAAACGGCAGACCAACUGAUGAUGAUAAUAUGGCUUAUAAAAUAGCAGAGUACGAUAGUAAGGAACAAUUGGAAGUUUUAUACACAGUACGAGUGAAAGAAGUUAAACGAUUAACAGAAGAGUUGCAACAACUACAGUUGGAAAAAGAAGAAGAAAAGCUUCAACUUAGUAGAAAAAUAACACUUUUACAGGCUGAUAUCGAGAGAUCAAACAUAUCUAGGAAUCAAACGCAACACGCUUUGGAUGACAGAAGAAUUAAAUAUCGCCAGAGAUUCAGUAAUAGAAUUACAACAAAAAAUAGUUGUAUUAGAAAGAGUACAAGCGUUGCAAGCAAAUGAUAAAACACACGAAAAAUUUUUGAAACAAGCACAAGAAAAACAUGCAAUUGAAAUGAAGAAUAUGCAAAUACAAAUUGACGUACUUACAGACAAACUUAAUGCAAAGGAAACAUCUUAUAUUGCUUUGGAAAAUAAAUUAGCCGAUAUACGGAGGACGAAUGAAACAUUGAUGGUGGAGAAAGGAGAUACGAUGAAUCGUCUGGCACAAGCGCUAGAAGAAAGUCAGGCACAGUGCCGGAAUCUUAUGGCUACGAAUAAUGCUCAGCAAGUAAUGCAGCUUCAAGCACAAAUUAAAGUUUUGAUCCAAGAAAAAGAAGAAAUGCAAAAAAUGAUUCAAGAAUUACAGAAUAAAUUAGAGAUAGCAAAAAGUGAUGCAGCACAGUAUGACUCUCUGUUAGCUACAACAUUAGAAGAAGAAUCAGAUUCUAUUAGACAGAUGAAGUUGGGUGAUUUCCAUAAUAAAUCGAAAUCAAAGCCUUACGAUGAUAUCACGAAUAAAUUAAAAGGCGAAUUGCAAAGGUGUUUAGCUGGACAAGCUAUCAAAAGGAAAGAAAUAACUAGAUUGGAAAAUACUCUAUCGCAGAAAGAAAAAGAACUUGAUAAAGCUUUAACUAUAGCAGAUACGUGUCGACAGGAAGCAGCUCGUUAUGCUAAACGUGUUAACGAACUAGAACAAGAAUUGAAAUCUGUACUUACGGAUGAAGCUUUAAAAGCAAAAGCUCAAAUACAAAAAUUAUCCAAUCAUCUUAAUGAUGUAAAAAAGCAAUGUGAAUCAUUACGGGAAGAAAAAACAAAGUUAGAACAAAAAUUAAAGGAAACAAUAGCAAUUAAUCAGGAAACACUUGUGAAAUUACACCAAGAAAGUAUAAAUCAAGAAGAGAAAGAUACCAUUGAUGAGUACAAUAAAGAGUAUUUGGAAAUACAUGCUAAAGCUGUAGAAAGAGUCAGGCAAGAAGCACAAGUUGAAGUAGUGCAAUUAUCCGUGCAAUUGGAACAAACGCAAAAAGAAUUGGAUCGUGUUAAAGAGUUGUAUAUAGAUGUCUGUAGUACAAAGGAACAGUUAAUAAGUGAACAUAAAUCUGAAAUCAAAAUGUUAAGAGAAAAAUAUGUUAACUUAGAAGAACGAGAAAUAGAGAUAGAAAAAUAUCAACGUGACUUGCAGGCACAAGUAAAGAUAGUAGAAAAAUUGAUGAAAGAGUGUGAAAUGUACAGAAGCAAAAUAAUUGACUUAGAAAAAGAUUUGAAUUAUGAAAGAAAAAAGAAAGAUGAAUAUAUAAGGAAGAUUCACCAAGAAAUUGAAAAGGAUUUAAUUAUCGCAAAUUUAACGUCGUUUACAGCUAAAGAGGAAGCUUUGAAUGAAUUACGCAAUGCACAUCCUAAUCAAGAAAUAAGUGUUUACUUGCCAGAUCAUUGUUCCGAACAUUUAGAGAAAAUAAAUCAGUUAGAAGAAGAUUGUAAACGUUUGGAAGAUAAACUAUAUGCUGCAGUUGAAGAACAGAAAAAAGUGUUAGAAUAUCAAUCUGCGUUAGAUGAUGCGAAAUUAAAGAUAGCGCAAAUGGAAAUAUCUCAAGAAUCAUGGAAAAAGAAAUAUGAAAAUGCAAUUAGUGAAAGAAAUAAUUUUCUUACAAAAAUUUCUAAACUUGAUUCUGAAUUGUCAAAUAUCAAGCGAAAUUCAAAGAUCGAAGAUUCCGAUGUAAAAUUAAAAGUAUCUCGGUAUCAAGUAGAAAAUGAAAGUUUAAAAAAUAAGUAUGAAAAUUUAAUUAGCGAAACAAACGUUUACAAGGAUAAAAUUUUACAAUUAGAGACGGAACUAUCAGAAACAAAAAAAAUACUUGCGAAUUUCGAGAAUAGGUUAAAAAAGAAUAGUGAAAUAUCAAAUUCAAAAUAUGAAUUGGAAAAAGAGCUUUCUCACUAUAAAGAUUUUGCAACGCGAUUGAGUAUUGAAAUAAAUCAUUUGAAAGUUGAAAGAAAAAGUAAUCAUGCCAUGGAACAAAGAAUCAAACAAUUAGAAAUAGAUUUACAAGGGAAGGAAGAGGAAGUGGAAAGAUUAAAGGACUUUGAGAAAACAAAAUUGGAGAGAGAUCAGCUUGUAUUAAAGUUAAAAAAUCAGGCAAAACAAUUUGAACAGUAUGUUAAGCAUCAAAAACAAAUAUUUCCUGAAUUAAAUUUAUCACCGCGCAGUUCGAACGAUGGGACAGAUUUUCUAAAAAUAAGGGAAAGUAUGAUCAAAGAGUUACACGAAGAGAUGGAACAAAAGGUACACGAAGAGCUUAAACGUAUAGAGGAACAUAAUCGGGAGAAAAGGAAUGAGUUGGAAGAAACGUAUAAAACAGUUUUAUUAAAAUUAAAAAAUAAAUAUUACGAAGAAAUGCAAAAAGUGAUUGAAACUUGUCGUAAAAUAUUGCUGGCGAAACAGUUGGAGAUUGAGAAGUUACAAGAGGAAUUAAAGCAGAAAGAAACUGAUGUAAACGAGGAGAAAGACGUAAUGGCUAAAUUUAUCAGUGAAUGGGUUAGAGAAAUUAGGGAAAUAAAAGACAAAGAAGUUGAGAUGAAUAAUAAAUUACAGCAGUUACAGGAAAGUGAAGAAAAUUUGAAAACGGAAAUAAAAACGUUGAAAGAAAAAGAGAAAGAUAUAAAGAGUAAUAUCGAUAAAUUAAAAACUAAAUAUCAGUCGGCAAAAAGUACCGCGAACAAUUACAAGGAAUAUGCAGCAAAAAGAGAGAAAUUUUUCAAAGAGGAAUGUAAACGUAUAGAAGAAGGGUACAAAAGAGCCAUGAAUCAAAUGCAACAAAAACUUGAUGCAAUCGUUACUACUCAAGAACAAAAACUUAAAGAAAUUGAAUGUCAGUAUACUAAAAGAAUGGAACAAAUGCGACAUGCACAGAAGUACAAAAAUAAAUGUUGAAGUAUAUAUUAAUAUUUAGUUAAAGUAUAUAUAUAUGUGCGUAUAUAUGUAUAUGUAUACAUAU